AUGUUUAAAAGUGAUGAUUUUUUAACAAUAAAUUGGACAGAUGAGUUUUUAAAAGAGCGAAUUGAUUUAACUCGAGUAUGGACUACAUUAGAUAACGGAAUCGAAAUACAUGAAUUACAAUUAAAUAGAAUUGAUGAAGUAAUGGAAAUGAUAAAGAAAUAUUAUAUCAUAGAAGAACCACUAAUGGAUAGAAGUCAAAUGUUUAUAGACGAUAAAUCCGUGGAAGAAUAUUUAUACUUAGCUCAACAUUGGAUUAUGAACACACUUUCAACCAUUGCAGUAGAACAAGAAACAGGAAAUAUAGUAGGAUUUCUUAUAAACAAAUUUAAUCAUGCAAUUGACAAAAAUCGCGAGUUCAGCAAAGAAAGGAUAUACGAAGGUAAAAUAUGGAACGAGCUACAAACAUUUAAACAUUAUUUGACUAAAAGAGGCAAUGCAUUUGAACAUCAUAAUGUACAAAGUGUUCUAGAAAUUUAUUUGUGGUUUGUCCUUCCCAGUUAUAGAAAUAAAGGAAUAGGCAAGGAGUUGUUGAGAAACGUCAUGCUAAGGCAAUUACCAGAAUAUGAAUGGUCAAACAUCAACGUGAUCACGGGUGUUUUUACCAGCAAAGUGAGUCAACAUAUCGCCGAAUCAUUGGGAAUGGAAACGUUAUACGAUUUUCUUUAUGAAGAAUGGAUCCUCAAAAACAAAGUAAAUGAUAAACACGAAGAGUUUUUUAAAAAAACGACAUCAAAUAAUUAUUCGGCCAAAGUUAUGUCAAAAUUCAAUACGACCUCAAUAUUGACACAAUUGCGAGAAUCUCAAUCACAAGAGCCACGAGCUGAACGCAAUGAAUGA